GAUAAAAUGAGUUGCUAAAAUGAUUUGCUAAAAACUGCUGAAUUGAUUUGCUGAAUUAACCAAAACAAGAAAUUUAAACGAAAUAGGUAAUUUUAUCAAAGAUAUCUAUAAAAAUGGCAGAUAAAGAAAAGGAAAAGGCUAAGGUCGACCUUGGACUUCUGGAAGAAGACGAUGAAUUUGAGGAAUUUCCAGCAGAAGAUUGGGUUGAAGCAAAGGAUGCAGAUGAAGAGGAGCUAAGCGUAUGGGAAGAUAAUUGGGAUGAUGAUAAUCUUGAUAACAUGGAUGAUUUCAGUGAACAAAGCAUAAGAAUCCUAUCUAAGAACUUACCAAUUUCUUUAGUUAGACCAUUGUGUAGCAUAAAAAUGAGUGUAAACGCACGUUUAGAGGCAAUUCCUAUUGUAGAAAUUGAUGAAGGAACAUUUAAAUAUGUCCUUAUAAAAGUGUAUGGCAAAGAACAGUGUGAUGGAAGUGAACAUUUCAAGUUAAUCGUAAGAGGAUUCGAGAGAGCAUCAUGGCAUACUGACAUUUAUGAUGAAGUGAGUUCAGCCCUCGAAGCCUUAGGACUCGAAACGGAAUGUUUAGGUGGCGGCCGAAUAGCUCACAACCCAUCAACAAAGCCUGAAAUUAAAGUUUAUGGAUAUUCCCAGGGCUUUGGAAAAGCAGACCAUGAACAGACGAGAAAACUCUUGCUUACCAAAUACCAUGAAUACAGCAUCGAGUGCUCCGAUGAAGGAUAUUAAAAUAUCAAAUAAUUCUGUAAUGGUGCACUGAGGCACGUUGAGUUGUGACAUUUUCCAACUCGAACUUUUUUUGUCGAUAAUAAAUCAGUUUAAAGAUGAAAA